AUGAAAACGGCAUCGCAUACUUCUGUACCACUCACCACCGGCUGGACACUCAAACAAGGCGACCGCAGCUCGACGCACCCCUGGUUCCCAGCACACGACGCCCCCACCGAAGUAUACCGGGAUCUACUCAAGAACGGGGUAAUCGCCGACCCAUUCCAGGACCUCAACGAGCUUUCCGUCCGCUGGGUCGGCGACGAAACAUGGACUUACCGCACAAGCUUCGGCACGCCGGGGGAGUACACUGCGUCAGGCAAUGAUGUAGCUACCCAGCUCCGGUUUUCAGGUCUGGAUACCUUUGCGUCUGUGUAUCUGAAUGGGAACUUGGUGCUAGAGUCAUCUACUAUGUUUGUUGAGCACCGCGUUGAUGUCACGGGGAAACUGAACGAGGAUGAACAACAUGACAACGCCAAUAGUCUGGAAAUCGUGUUCCACUCAGCGAGGAAAAAGGGACUAGAGUUGGUUAAAGAGCAGCAGACCCAGCACCGCUACAUAGUGCACCAAACGGAAAUCUCGCGCGGUCCAGUCCGCAAGGCGCAGUACCACUGGGGGUGGGACUGGGGCCCGAUCCUAAUGACAUGCGGCCCGUGGAAACCCAUCUCGAUUGAAACAUGGAGCUGUCGGCUCGCGGAUCUGCACGUCGAGUAUGUGCUUUCGCGCGACUUGAAGAGCGCGGGUAUCAAAAUUACUGUGCAGUGGGAAGGCUCAGUGGACAAAGUGACUUUCAGCUUGACGCGGAAAGAAAGGGUGGGAGUCAAGAAGACCGUGACUGUGGCUGUGAGCAACAACCCCGGAGAGCGACAUGGCUCGGUGCAAGCUGAGAUAUCCAUGGAGGCCAUUGCACUCUGGUGGCCGCGAGGCUACGGGGCCCAGAACCUAUACAUUGUACAAGCGGAAGCUUACGCUCCGUCCGACGGUUCAUCUGCUUCUCCUGUUCCGCUGCAUUGUAUAUCUCAGCACGUUGGAUUCCGGCGUGCGGAACUCAUCCAGGAGCCAGAUAGCCACGGCACAUCGUUCUACUUCCGCAUCAACGACACCGAUAUCUUCUGCGGCGGCGCAUGCUGGAUCCCCGCAGACUCGCUCCUCACGCGGCUCACGCCCGCCGAUUACCAUGCGUGGAUGCAGCUCGCCGCCGCGGGCAACCAGACGAUGCUUCGUGUCUGGGGCGGCGGCAUCUACGAAGCCGACGAAUUCUACGAUGCAACCGACGAGCUCGGCAUCCUGGUAUGGCAGGACUUCAUGUUUGCGUGUGCCAACUAUCCGGCUCACGCCGAGUAUCUCGCGAGUGUGGAAGCCGAAGCUCGACAGAACGUACGGCGCCUGAGGAACCACGCGAGCAUCGUGUUGUGGGCGGGCAACAACGAAGACUACCAGAUUGUUGAACGCUACGGCCUCGAGUAUGACGCUGCCAACAAAGACGCGGACUCGUGGCUCCGCACAAACUUCCCCGCGAGAUACAUCUACGAGCACCUCUUACCCAACAUCGUCGCUCAGGAAUCCCCCGGCGUAGCGUACCACCCCAGCUCCCCCUUUGGCAACGGCACAUCGACGGUGCUCAAAGUCGACCCUACAAUCGGCGACAUCCACCAGUGGAACGUCUGGCACGGCGCCAUGUCGCCGUACCAGGAGCUGCCCUCUCUGGGCGGCCGCUUCGUCUCGGAAUUCGGCAUGGAAGCCUAUCCACACGUCAGCACGCUCGAGGGCUGUAUCACCGCGUCUGAGUCGCUGUAUCCAGGCUCCAUGGCCAUGGACUUCCGCAACAAGGCGAUUGGCCACGGGCGCCGGCUUGCCAGCUAUGUGGCGGAGAACUUCCGGGUGCGUGAGGAUGUACGCGGGUUCGCGCACCUCACGCAUGUCAUGCAGGCGGAUGCCAUGGCGUGGGCUUAUGGGUCAUGGCGUCGUGACUGGGGGACCCGUGGUGCCCGCAAAUGUGGAGGUGUGCUGGUGUGGCAGUUGAAUGAUUGCUGGCCGACCAUGUCGUGGGCUGUGGUCGACUACGAGCGGGUGCCCAAGCCGGCGUUUUACGCUAUCAAGAGAGCCAUGCAGUCUGUUGCUGUGGGCGUGCGCCGGAGCAUUCAUAGCUGGACGAUGCGCCCGGCGGAUGAGCUGUGGCAGCGCGAUACGGGCCAUAUUGAUAUGCGCAAGGUGUGGCGGGAUGUUGAGUUCGAUGUGUGGAUUGCUAACAGUACGCUUGAGGAGAUGGAGGGAUCUGUUGAUAUCAGUUACAUAUCAAUUAAAACGGGGGUGAAAGUAGGCCAGGAGCCGCGGCGUAGUGUACGCAUCGCUGCUAACGGCACCACAGAGGUGCUCAAGAAUCACGCUGUAGAUGCAGACUGGUCACAACCAUCCGACGAGCCGUUUGAUGUUGCAAAAGCAGAUCCCUUUGUCAUCCAAGUGGCGCUCCACGUAGCUGGCCGAUGCAUUGCGAAAGACAUCUCCUGGCCAGAACCCAUCAAAUACCUCUCUUUUGUAGAGCGAGGGGUCAAAGUGGAGUACUCGGAAGACAUGGGCACCGCUUUCGUUUCUGCUGCAAAGCCAGUAAAGGGGUUUGUGUUUGGCGAGAGAAAAGGUGUGCGGUUGAGUGACAACGGCUUCGAUGUCAUGCCAGGCGAGACGCACAAGGUGCACGUAGAUGGCUGUGCAGCCGAUGAGCUGGAAUGGAGAUAUAUCGACAUGUAG